AUGAUAAUCUUGGUCGACAAAAAGGAAGGAAUUUGGCCGCGUUUGAAGAACGCUAAGCUGUACUGUAUCCAGUCAAUCGUAUUUAAACCAGAAGGGGAGAUCGCAUCCUAAGCUGAAACAGCCCCCAGCACACAGCACAGCAGGGCCGCGUUUGUUCUUCAUCCCAUAUCAAUAUGGCUGAUCCUGAAUUAGAAGCAAUCAGACAAAGAAGAAUGCAAGAGCUCAUGGCUCAACGUGGCAUGGGUACUCAACAGAACACGGAGCAGCAGAAAGCACAAGAAGAGGCCCAGAGGGAGGCAGAUGAGCAAAGGCAAAUGAUGCUUAGUCAGAUUUUGUCAUCUGAAGCACGUGAAAGACUUUCUCGAAUUGCUUUGGUGAAACCUGAGAAAGCCAGAGGAGUUGAGGAUAUUUUACUAAGAGCUGCUCAAAUGGGCCAAAUUGUUGAGAAGGUUUCUGAAGAGAAGCUGAUAUCGUUACUGGAACAGAUCAACACCCAAACCAGCAAACAGACCAAAGUCACUAUCCAGAGGCGCCGGAGUGUUUUGGAAGAUGAUGAUUAAGUCUAAUGCAAUCUCGACUUUGUAUUGUGUGAUAAAAUGUUUUCAUGUUGCUUGUAUAAUCAGGGUUAUUUUUUGUGCCAUUCUCAACCAGAUUCCCAGCCCCGCAUUGCAUUCUCUACCCACCCUCGCUCUUUCCUCCAAAUUCAAGAUCUGAGACUUUUACAUAUCUAUGUGCUGCAGAUUUUUAACUUUCUAGUAAUGAAUUCUGAACUUUGUUAAGACAAGUGCUGUGAGCUUUUAAGUUCA